AUGACAUGGUUCAAAGAUUUGGACUUCCCAGAAAUGUUUGGAUUCCUGCACAAUCAAGUCACACCUUUCAACAUUCAGUCGGGCAACUCUGAAAACCUAUAUGCCUGGCAUGUCCUUCCUGUCGGGCUGUACCGCAUGCACGAAGAAGAGCUUCUCGUUGAGCCGGCUGGAUUAGUGAAAGACUUUACCUCUCGACCGGCCUUUCGUUUGCUACGAGACGAUCCGGAGUCUCUUCUGGUGAUCCACUUCCAUGGCGCUGGCGGGACAGUGGGAUCAGGUUACAGAACGCCAAAUUACCGGGCCCUGUCUGCAGGAGAUCCCGAUAAGCUCCAUAUCUUAACCUUCGAUUACCGGGGAUUUGGUCGCACUGCUGGUAUACCAACAGAAGAUGGAAUCAUAACAGACGCUCUCGCCGUCGUUGACUGGGCGCUGAAUGUCGCAUGGAUCCCUCCCUCACGAAUCCUGAUCUUCAGCCAAUCCCUUGGAACAGCCGUAAACACAGCUGUGGCCGAGCACUAUGCCAAACAAAGACCUGCCACCGUGUUUGCCGGCCACAUACUGGUGGCGCCAUUCGUCGAUGUCCCAACCCUGGUGUCAACAUACAGCGUUGCCGGUACCAUCCCAAUCCUCGGACCUCUGGCCAGGUUUCCCGUUGUCUUCGACUACCUUCGCUCGUUCAUCCGCGAUAAGUGGUCGACCAAAGAUCGCAUUGCAAGCUACGUGCGCGAAAAUGAGGCCACCGAGAGCCCAUACCGAAUCACCAUGAUCCAUGCCGAAGAUGACUACGACAUUCCAUGGCAUCAUACUCCCACUGUGUUCUGGCAUGCCGUCAGUGGUACUUUUCCGGAUAAAGCACCUAGUUUGGAGGAGCUAGAUGAGGUGAAGGCGUCUCGGAGGAAGGACCUCGGUGCUGCUGGCAGCGUCGUUGAGUGGAGGACCCAGCAUGGUAUCAUACGAGAGGAGAUCCUGAAACACGGCCUCCACGACGUGAUCAUGGGCAACCCUGUCAUCACCCUGGCCGUGAUGCGGAUGUUUGACAGCAAAACGGACGCCGCCGAUAGCGAUGAGCCUGUGCCAACUUCACCCAACCAUGAAUGCAAGCUACGUUCGCGGAAAGGGGAGGAUAUCAUGGGGCGCCGGCGCAUGUGA